CUGUAGAUCGUCUUGGGCCUGCUGCUCGCCCACGAACUGCUCUUCGCACGUUGCAACUCUCUAAUCUCGCCCUGGAAUACACACGGAUUGUGUUUCCGAUCCUUGGCCGCGCAAUCUAGCCACGCCUGCAAUCCCAGCGCGCGAGACGCAUCAACAUACGGCGGCCCCCACACCUCGCGUUCCUCGUACUAACGACACAGCGUUGAGUAGCCACGAAUCAAUCAGCCAUAAGUUUCACCCCUUCCCUGCACAAUGAUCUGCAAUCAGCUAUCGGCACACGCGUCAGGAGGCGUCAGGACCGGGCCACCAUCAAACUCGAUCUCGCGCGGACUGCAACGUUGCUCUUCGACGGUCCUCGGAGGACCCGAUCACCCAGCUGAGGUCGAUCACUCACGUCCACUGAACGUGCUUCAACGUGAGCUUGAGCUUGCACUACGACUAUCGGCGUGUAAACGGGGUUACGCACGCAAUCUCCAUCUGCUUUCCGAACCCGGUGUAGCAGGGCGAGGUAAAUCUUUGUGGUGAUGUACGCCGUCAUGGCUCGUCUCAGGGCAGGGCGCGCACUCCUAUAGGAGAGUCUGGAUGUAACACGCGUCUAAUGAUGUGUGCCUGUUCUUGCUCCAAGUCAAUUUUGGCAGACAGGUGCCUGCUGAGCGGUGCCGGUGACUGCUGGUUUCAUUCCGACGUGUACUGGGCUAGCCCUUGUGGCAACAAGAGCGCGUGGUAUGCAGAGCGUGAAGACCACAACGGCCUCUACGGUGGCGCCGCUGCAUCGCUUUCGCUGCGUCCCAUGAGCCCUGUCGCCCCGUUUCGGAGCCUGUAGAGUCCGAGGCGCUAUUGCUCCUUGAAACUCACUCCACGGUAGCUAUACGCCGGAGCUACUGUUCUAACUAACGC